AGAUUAAAUAAAUGAAGGGGAUGAAGGAAGGAAUGAAUGGCACGCCCAGAUUGUGCAGUGAAGCCACCAGUGCCUGUCUAGAGCUGGGAGCUGUAGAGACUCAAACUAUGCAAGGUGAAAUGUUAACUUGAGGAGAUUGCUGACACCAUCUACUACUACAGAGAAAGAAUUGCUUUAAAAUGGAAAACUAUCCUUCACAAUAUUAUGGAUUUAGUUACAAAUGUAAGAAGAGGAGAGGGAGAGUGGAACAGAGGGGAGAGUUGGAGGAGAUGAUGAGGCAAGCAUAUGAAAACUUCCACCUUUUGCAAAGAGAACUAAACAGUUUGCAAGAAACUAUAGAAGCAAGAAAGGAGAGAGAGAGGAGGAACAGAGUCAGGGAGAGGAGCAAAAGAGGAGAGAGAGAGGAGCAACCAAGGAGGCAGGAGGAGCAGCAGUCAGAGAGGCAUAAAAAAGAAAAGUCACAGCCUUUGUCAAGAAAAAUAAAAAUAGUUUGCAGGAAACUAGAGAAGCAACCGAGGAGACAGAGAGAGGAGCAACAGAGGAGACAGAGAGAAGAGGAAGAGAGGAGAGAGAAGAGGAAGAGAGGAGACAGGAGGAGCAGUCAGAGUGGCAUACAAAAGAAAAGUUGCAGCCUUUGUCAAUAAAAGUAAAAACAGUUUGUAGGAAUCUAGAGGAGCAACUGAGGGACGAGAGAGAAGAGCAACUGAGGAAAGAGAGAGAGGAGCAACAGAGGAGAGAGAGGAGACAGAGAGAGGAGCGACAGAGGAGAGAGAGAGAGGAGCAACAGAGGAGACAGGAGCAGCAGUCGGAGAGGCAUAAAAAAGAAAAGUUACAGCCUUUGUCAAGAAAAAUAAAAAUAGUUUGCAGGAAACUAGAGAAGCAACCGAGGAGACAGAGAGAGGAGCAACAGAGGAGACAGAGAGAGGAGCAACAGAGGAGACAGAGAGAGGAGCAACAGAGGAGACAGCGAGAGGAGCAACAGAGGGGGCAGGAGGAGCAGUCAGAGAGGCAAACAAAAGAAAAGUUACAGCCUUUGUCAAUAAAAGUAAAAACAGUUUGCAGGAAUCUAGAGGAGCAACGUAGGGGAGAGAGAGAGGAGCAACUGAGGAAAGAGAGAGAGGAGCAACAGAGGAGACAGAGAGAGGAGCAAUAGAGGAGACAGCGAGAGGAGCAACAGAGGAGAGAAGAGGAAGAGAGGAGACAGAGAGGAGCAACAGAGGGGGCAGGAGGAGCAAUCGGAGAGGCAAACAAAAGAAAAGUUACAGCCUUUGUCAAUAAAAGUAAAAACAGUUUGCAGGAAACUAGAGGAGCAACGUAGGGGAGAGAGAGAGGAGCAACUGAGGAAAGAGAGAGAGGAGCAACAGAGGAGAGAGAGAGAAGAGGAAGAGAGGAGACAGGAGGAGCAGUCAGAGUGGCAAACAAAAGAAAAGUUACAGUCUUUGUCAAUAAAAGUAAAAACAGUUUGCAGGAAACUAGAGGAGCAACUGAGGGGAGAGAGAGGAGCAACUGAGGAAAGAGAGAGGCACAACAGAGGAGACAGAGAGAGGAGCAACUGAGGAGGCAUGAGGAGCAGUCGGAGAGGCAAAUAAAUGAAAAGUUACAGCCUUUGUCAAGAGAACUAAAACCUUUUUGCAGGAAACAAAAAGUUCUCAAUGAUGCCCUUCACCAAACUGAAGAAAAAACACAAUUCCAGAUUACCUUUAAUGAGUUUAAGCAAGAGAGCAGUGAAACAGAGGCCACUUACGAAGAGGAAAACCUGCUUGAUAUUUUUUCCACGAAAUUGAAUUCAGAUGUUUCUAGUUCUGAACUCCAGAAACUGUCCCCUAAACAGGCAGAGGAAAUGAUCCAAAUCUUGAGGAAACUUCUCUUUGACUGGACAGAGAAGGCUCCAAGCCAACACAUCCUGGAGCAGCUGCAGGUGCUUCUUAUAGAGCUGAUGGUAGAAUACUGGGAGUUAGAUGAGGACACUGCUCUUGUGUUGGAACUGGCAGAUGAGCUGCAUGAUCUUAUCCGCACCAUGUCAGACUCAACACAGAGUGUAAAGGAAUGCCUUCAUUUAACUCAAGCUCUGUUCCAUCUUUUUCAAUAUGAAUGUAAAACCAUUACAACCUCAAGCAGUACCAAUAUGAAUUUAUUACACAUUGCUAAAAUAUGGGCUAAAGGUGAUAUUUUAAUCAAAGACACAUUCUUGCUAAGAUUUCUGGAAACACUCUUUUAUAAUUUAAAAUACUUUGAAUGUUUAUCAACUGGAUAUAUUUGUUUUGAAUUACUGAUUGGAAGAGUUAUGCUACUGGAAUGGAGAAGGUGGAAGUGACAUCACAGAAAAACUGUUAGGACUUGUCCAAACCCAGCUCUGGUCUCCAUCAAAUGUAAUAGAACUUUUAAGGAUUUUAAGUGAUAAACAUCCGAACGAUAUUCUGAAAAUCCUACAUUUGAUUGAAAUAUAUUGUGUCUCUGACACAUGGAAAGACAGAGAUGGAAAAUCAUUAACUCAGAUAGUUCAACUUGACAGGAUGACUAUCAAAAAGCUGGAUCUUGCUGUGGCUCGGGAUGAAGCAAAGGGCCUUGAUGAAGUCAUCAGUGAAAUAAGAAAAGGAAAUCUGACUGAUGAGGUCAUGCUUAAUAAAGUCAGGAACAUUAUUAUAGAUGUCCAAUGUAACCUUGAGAAGAAUCCAGCUAUGCCCAAAGAGGAUAUAUUGCAGAACUGUAGAAACUGUAGAGAAUUGUUAACCAAUAGACAUGAAACUCCAGAAGUUACUGGAACUGCUGUGUAGAUCCGUGCAUGAAGUUAAAGGGUGGUGGCCUCGUGUCACACAGAUGGUCAGCUGGUGUCUCCUCGCAUUGACAAAUUCUGGUAAACUUCUGGAAGUUGCUACAGGAGAGGGGAAGUCUUGUAUAAUAGCCAUGUUUGCAGUUUUCCGUGUUUUGAAAGGAGAGAAGAUAGAUAUUGUCUCAAGCUCCUCGGUUUUAUCUGAGAGAGAUGCGAAAGACUGGAAAGAUUUCUACAGUCUCUUUAAUAUUACAGUGGACACAAACACUGACAAAACUGAGGAUGAAGAUCGAAACAGGUGUUAUGGUUCCGAUGUUGUGUACGGGACAGUUCGUACAUUUGCUGCUGACUACCUCCAUCAGAAUUUUGAGAUGAAACAGAUAUUUCCUCAACCACGAUUUCAGUGCAUUAUAGUGGAUGAGGUUGACUCCCUCCUGCUGGAUGAAGGACUUCGGCUCACUUACAUAUCUAGUGACAUGCCUGGUAUGCAGCACCUUGGUCCCAUUCUUGCCAUGAUCUGGAGUUCCGUUAGCAAGUAUGCUUAUGUUGCAUCUAAAACUCAAACCUUCUUGAGGGGCCCCCCUUUACCCUUCUACAAGGCUCUUCAUGAAGGGACUGAUAUUGACAAUCCCCUGCUGAUUCUACAAAUUGCUGAAAAGAAGGGACUUGUUACUCCUGGAGCUACUGACAAUGUCUUAUCAAGCAAGCCAGAGAUUUAAAAAAAUAUCUUAAGCACUAUCGAUCAAGAAGCAAUGCUAAACAUUGUAAGUGAAACCGAAGAAUAUUUUCCAUAUAAAUGGCUGCCAUACACACUGGAUGACAAAGGUACCCUCCAACUGAGCAUGCCUCCUGGUAAUGAAGGUUUGGAAGAAACUAAUCAAGACAUCCCCAAUCUACCCAUUUUAAUUGUUGAAGAUGGUUUAUGUUGUGCUCUUUAUGAUGCUGAUGAAGACUUGUGGCAAAGUGGGUGGUGAGGGUAGCUGUGUAGCAGUGAUGCGGUGCAGGAGUAAUGGGCAGACAACGGUAGUCCAGUGGAAAAUAGGCUUUUAUUGCCAGCACUGGUCUAGUGCUCAAAAAUAAUAAGCCCGGCAAUACACAACGAUGUGUAAAGCUCGGGCUGACAAACACAGGAUACAGUCCUGAACAAGAAACCAAAAACACGGUCACCCGUCUCGGGUGCGUGCAGUCGUGAUUGUGGUGGGUGAAUACACGGGAUGUUGUGACAGUACGUGAUGAGGUGAUCCGGCUUGUGCUCGCCCAGUGCGACAGCUCCGGAUAUGUUUUUAGCUGUCUGGUGAUUCGGAAAAAAGACAGACAGUUAGUUUUCAGCCAAUACAGCACACAAACCCACACACACAACUCUUUUAGAGUAAUACAGAUUUUUAGGUCCUUCUCGGUCCUUGGUUUAACCCAAACGAAGGAAAAGAACAGCGUUACCCUGGCCCCUAUAUGUAAUCCCGCAUGAUAUCUAGGUAAACGGUUGCAGCUGCCUUAUUACUUGCAGCUGCCCCUCGUUUACCUGUCAAAUCAAUACGGUCUUACAACAGAGUCUCGCUUCCUUCCAGGCUGACCCACUUUCCGGUCCCGGAAACGAACUGUCAGGCCAGCCCUUCCAGAUACUUCUCCUCCCGUUCUUUAGCGCCCUCACAGGUCGGGAGGAAGAUUUAUCACCAGAACUCAUUGUAUUUCUGUCACAAGACUACAGUGAAACUUUGGCAGAGAACAUUCAAAAACAUAUCCAGUAUACUCCAUGUGACGAAAACAAAGGUGAUGCAUUAUGUGUACCAGGCUUCCUCAAAGAUCUGGUUGAAGCAAAACUACAAACAUGGGUGAAAAAUGCCUUUCUUGCGAUCAGGCUUCAAGAAGGCAGAGAAUACUUGGUUGAAGAGAACAGGUUUCCCCUGUAGAUUUCAAAAGUACUGGCAUUGUUCAAAUGAACAUGACAUGGAGUGAUGGGCUGCAACAGUUUCUUGAGAUGAAGCACCUUACCAAAGUGAGAACCUUGACUACCAUCACAAACUACAUCUCCAAUGUUAGAUAUUUUAGAAUGUAUAAUGGACAGAUUUAUGGAACAACAGGCACACUGGGAACAGAAUCAGACCAGGAGUUCUUAAAAAAGCUGUAUUCACUCUCUGUUUGUGGCGUUCCAACAUUCAAUCGAAAGAAGCUGUUUGAAGAGAAAGGCCUAAUCAGAAGCACAAAAGAAGAAUGGCAAGAAGCUAUCUGUUCAGUGGUCCUGAAAAAAGUGAAAUCCACUUCCUAUAGGAAAGGACGAGCAGUUCUAGUGAUAUGUGAAGAUAUCAAUAACGCUAAUGAUCUGUAUGAACUAAUUCAAAAUCUGGCAGAGUCAGAAAGUGAAAAGACUAUCAAAGUCAGACACUACACUCGUAAUGAUGGUCAGCUGGUCGAGGCACUGACAUCAAGGUUUCUGAAGAGGUUGUAAGAAGUGGAGGUCUGUUUGUGGUUCUCACAUUUCUUUCCGAUAAUGCAAGAGUUGAACUGCAGGCUUUUGGAAGAACAGCUCGCAAAGGACAACCUGGCUCAGCGCAGGCGAUUGUCUGUUCAAGCUACACCCCUUUCAUUCUUACAGCAGAUGCAAACAUUGACAAGCUGAAGGAUGCGCAAGACUAUAGAGCCAUACAGAAGGUUGAACACAUCAUGGAAGAUGACAUGCCUGAAGUCAACCUGAGAGAAAAGCUAUUCUUGAAAUACUGCAGUAUUCUUUCCGGAAUAUAUAAGAGCGUUGCUAAUAAAGGUGAUAAAAAAAUUAUGGCUGCCAUCAUGAAUGAAUACUGGGGAACAUGGCUACAGAUUAAAUCUAAAGAUCUAGUUCAGCUUAAGGAAAAAGAAUUGGAAGAAAGCCUAAAAAAUGACAUAGAAAUGGCUAAACAUAAAUCACAAAGCAGCCAGUCCCCUUCAUCAAGUAUCUAUCACUACAUUCAAUUUGGUUACAACUUGCUCAGUGCUGGUAAAAGAAUGUGUCAAGCUUCUAGAAAAAGACAUGAAUUUAGACCCUUCUUGGGCUGCCAUUGCUUUCUACAAUCAUGCUUACUGUACAUUAAAGCAAAGAAAAGAAAACUACCUGGACACAUCCUUGAAGGAUCUUGAGAAGUCUGUGGCUUCUCUGUUCACACUCAAGGAGCAGUGUCUGGUAACAGCGAGUCUAUUGCAGCUCUCAGUUUCACACGUCAAGACUGAAAACAAAACAGAGUUUCAGAAGAACAUCCACAUCAAAGUGCAGGUGCUUGAUUUCUUUGAGAAAAACAUAUUGACAUCAAUUGAAAAGCUGAAGAACAUCAAGUCCAGAGAUCGUGAUGCUGAGGCAAUUCAGUCUGAUGUUUUUUCUCUUGGUCUUCAAGAUGAUCCAGAUGUACAAGAAGAAUUGUAUGAAUUGUACAGACUGGGUCUCCUAAAUGUGUUUUCUGUAGAGGAAACCCCGCUUCUGCUGGGAAGGUCUUGUCGUGUUUUUACUGGGAGUCGUACAAAUAGUAGGAGGGGUACUUCUAACUGCUCUAACGUCUGGCACUCUUUCUAAUAUUGGCAUGGCACUGAUUAGUGAGGGUAUAGCUGACUGCAUUGAUGGAGCGACAGCUAUGAUCACAGGAGAAUUCAGUUGGGAGUCUUGGGCCACUUCCAAAGCAAUCUCUAUUAGUGUGUCAUUGAUUGGCAUUGGAAUUGGUAAACUCAUAAACAAUGGUUUUAAAGGUGUUAAAGGAGCAACAAAGACCUUUGUGAAAGAUUUGAAGGUCUUACCCAAAAUGUUUAAACAAGCAGGAAGUGGAUUUACUACAGUUAUGAAGGUAAACCUGAAUCAGGCUUGGAAAUAUGCAGGUAAAGAGCUGGUACAGCAACUCGUUAUGUACGAAAUAGGAAAAGGUGAAGAGGUAAUUCUGAAUAAGAUUCUUGAAGCAAUCAAGACAAAGGUUAAAAUAAACACACAAGAAACUGUGAAGAAAAAACUACAAAGGGAGCCGCUGAAAUCUGCAGUUGAUCGUUUAGUUCUGUCUCAGUUGACGGAUCCAAAAGAACUGAAGCUGAUCCUAGACCCUAGGAAGCCGCUUGGUGGAUCUGUGAAUAACGUAUUUGGUAUGUUUUUCAGAACAAUACUGGAAGAGUACUACAGAAGUAUUGGGUGGCAGAAGCAGCUGUGUGGCUCUCUAAUGGAUGUAAUUAACAAAGCCAAAGCAGAGGUCCAGGGUGGGAAAGUGGCCCUUCUAAACAUUAUUAAAACUUGUUAUUUAGGUGCACUUGGUGUCCAUGCAACUUAUGCUGCAACCAACCUUCUCGAUGACUUUGUCUCUAAACUAAGUGCCAAUAUAAAUUCAUUCAUGGAUGAAAAGAAAAUGCAAUCAUUGAAUGCAUGUGAUCUUUCUGAAGAAGAUAAACUUCAUUUAAAACAGUUUAGGGAAACCCUUGCUGAUUCCAUUUCUGAAGAGCUUGGAACUCUCUUAGUUCAAACUUUCCAUCAGAAGUUUUCAGGGCACCUUGUGAAAGAAGCUCAGUCGAAAAUAAAUCAAUAUGCAAGCAGCUUCAUAAGCAACAAGCUGAACACCAGCAGAACUGUAGAAAAGUUAAAGGCCGGAUCUGCAUCACUCUACAUAACACACAUGGCACCCACCACUGCAUCUAAGAAGAUGGACCCAGUUGAUCAGGCUAAUUUGGACAAAUACAUUGAAAAGAUUAAACAGUCAAGUACAGCAGGCUCUGUACUGGAUUUAAAAAUCUUAUCAGAAAAAACAGGCACAAAGGUAAUAGUUUCUGAAGAGGACAAGAAAGGGAAACUGCAGACAAAGCAUGUUUUAGAACCAAGCUCGAGCAGUGUACACAGUACAAUACAUCUAGUCUACCGGACAGCCAGCAAAGACUACCCUGAAGGCCAUUACAAUGUUUGUAUAAAUAAUAGAAUCUAUCCAGUCAGGAGCGAAGGGAACAGCUGCAUGUAUCACGCCUUCGCACAAGCAUUGCACCCUGAAGCACAGGACUCCGAACUCACGCAGAAGGCAACAGCUCUUAGAGAAUUAGAAGCAAAAACGCUCCAGGAUGGAGACUUUCAGUUGAACAGUUUCUUGAAGAAAGAAAUAUUGAUUGACAGUACUAGGGGAGGGGAUUACUUCAUGUCUAUUGGAUCUAUAAGUGUAUCAGCGCAGUUAGCUAAAUUGAGUAGCGAAAAGGGCAAAGAAAAAUUGAAAGAACUGCUAGAUAAAACAGGAAGUAUAGCCCAUUACACAGAAAAUCAAGAAGUUGUGAAAGGUGAUGGAGCUAUUUUAAAUGCAAAUCACCAGCCUCCUUUAUCCAGCUUACUCAAUGCCUGUGAUCAAAAUCAAACUAGUCCGCUGGCUAAAGCUAUGCUGCAGGUGGGCGUUGGAGACAAGUACACAAGUGAAAUGACGGUUAAUGAACUAAAAACUGUGGUGAAAAACAGAAGUGGCCCUGGAUUGCCGUCUGUGAUAGUGCCGUAUGAUUUGCACUGCGAAUUACUCACAAGUGGCAAUUCACAUGUUGCCAAAGAAUAUCGUGCCAUGAUAACGGAAGCCAUAAAAGCAAAUGACAUUGUCAGGAGACCACCCCCCAAGCAGCCUUUCCGCUGCCAGGACUGCCCCGGCUGAAGGAGUCAGUCUGGGAGCUGUCAGCACAUCUGCUGACAGCAUGGCCAGUAGCAGCCUGGCUACUGGCAACAUUGCCACCUGUGGGCCCCUUGAAGCCUCUGGUCCUGGCCCAGGACUUUGUGUUGGACUUUUGGGCUUUUAAGGGGGGAGGUGGCCGUUGAGGCCAUGUGUGCUGCGCACAAGGGGGGGUAUAUGUGGCAAUGUGCUCCGCCCUGUGUGCAUUUCUGUGUUGUAUGAUGCGUGCGUGUGUUAAUGUUGGUGUAUAGAGAUGGGUACACGGGAUAUAAACAGGUUUGUGUUUCACGUGGUAUUUAAAUUGUAUAAUUAUAUUUAGGCACGGGAUUGCACAUCACUUCACGUGCAUUUAAAGUAUGUAAUAAUAUGUGAGCACGGGGUUGCACGUAAUGAAUUCACGUGCUGGGAUUCAAGUGAAUAAUUAAUUAGUAAUUGAAUCCCAGCACAACAGUAUAUAUAGAGACACGUAGCACUCUGGGUUGUUGGGUGUUCGUGAGUGGAGAACGGGUGUGGAGAGGAGUUAAAAUAAACGGAAAGGAUAAUAAAAAUAAUAGUAAGUGUUUUCACUCACCGUGUUUGUUCGUUUGUCUGUUUAGUGUUUAGUACGUUUUGUUUGUCUAUUUUAUUUUGGCGUACAGUGCCGUGCCCUGUGUUUUGUGUUACAACCUUUUUAUUUUCUGUUCUGUUUAUUAAAUGCUGAGCGAAACCAUUCGCUCAGCUCCACCAAACCACACCUCUCUGUCGUUUUAUUUCCUGGCUCUGGUCUGACGCCACCCACUCCGGCCGUCUUUGUGACAAAGUAAUAAUACAAUUAAGAGCAAGAUAAAAUACAAUGACUUUGGUUCUAGCAAGUACAAGUAUAUGACAAAAUACGAUUCAAUAACGGAGCAGAUAACAGUGUCAGUGAUAGUUACAUCAGGAUAUAAUUAAAUACAAAAUACUACAGAUUAAAUAAUACUUGUGAAAGAUUACAGUAAUCUAAAGUACAGGAUUAAAUGCAGUAAAAUAGGGGGCAGAUAAGAGCAAGUAAAGCACAUUAAGGAAGAGUGAUAAAGUGUCCCGAGGGAAAAGAGUAUCUGAUGCUGUGGCCCUAUUGAUUACGUUUACUGAAUAUUUUGCUUGGCGAUUCACUUUUUUGAUCAAAUGUUCUUUUUUAUUGACAAUAAAGCAUGUGA